AUGGAACCCUGCGUUGACACCAGGAAGCGGCUAUGGGAUGAUUCCAAUGAUUCUCUCUUCAAUUACAUCGGAUCCAACUCCAAGUUCCUCCGACUUGAAAAUUCCGCCGACCUGAACUUCGAUGCGCCGGUUGCAAAAUCGAUCGAUUCUUCCGGCCUUGAUUCGUUUCAGGCUCACGCAAUUCAGGAAGAUCUGCUGAAGAUUCUCGACGAUACCGAGGCUUCCAUAGAUCGGGAGUCGGCAAUUGAAGAUCUCGACUCGGUGAUCAGAAGCUUCGAGAAGGAAAUUGAAGUGCCGGUGCCUGUUGUUCAGCCUGAACUUGGAUUUCUUCUAGAAGCGUCGGACGAUGAAUUAGGGCUUCCGCCUGCUGGUGAGAAAGGGGAAAUCGAAGGCGGCAAUCUUGGUAGCGGUGGUUUGAAAGGGAUUUUAGGGUUUGAGGAUGAAAACGUUUCAAAUUACUGUUGGUUUGAAAAUUUGAGGAGUGAGAUUAAGGAAUGGAGUCCGGAAGGGGAAGAGGAGGUGGUGGCGUUGGGUGGAUUGUUUGAUCAUACGGACGUGGCGGCGGAGUUGCCGACGGCGUAUCGAUCGGAGACGAUGCCCUGUUUAUAA